GGUGGUGGAGGCGGCGGCGGCGAGAGGUGGACGCGAGGUGGACGCGUGGUGGACGCGGCCGGGGGCUUUGUGAUCGUGGAAAGAAGGUCGGAGAGUUGCGUGGGUGCUUGCAAUGAAGUCAUGUCUGGGCGUAAGAACCAAGGACGUUGUCACCAAAGGGCUUUAGUACAUGCCCGUCAAGUAGAAAGUCAACGAGAAGAGCAGAAGAAGUGGUUAUCAGAAGACAAGCAGUUUGCUGCCAGUUUAAGGAGCGAAGAGCAGCAGGAGACCCGACGAGGGAUACGCAGCCUCCAGCAAGAACAAUAUGAGCAGCAGCAGAAGGAAGCCCAAUUAAAGGCUGAAGAAAUGAAACUUCUGAGGGAGCAGCGGUUGGAGCAAGAAGAAAGGAUUGCUCGUGAAAUGGAAAAAAUCAGGCUUGAUCAAAUCAGGGACGAGAAAAUGAGGUUGCAAAUAAGAGAAAAUAGCCUGGAGUUGAGAGAGCUGGAGGCAAAGCUCAAGGCUGGCUACACUCAACGUGAAUGGGCGGCACAGAUUGCAGAGAAACGUACUACGCUUCUUGAUACAAUGAGGCAUGAGGCAGAGAGUGCUCGACAAAUGAGAGAAGAGUACGAACGUGAGAGCCAAGUGGAGCAGAAAAAGGCACAUUUGCGCUGGGAGCAGACCGUGAGAUACCAGCAGGACCUGGAGCAGCAGCUGGAGGAAAAGGAGCGACGCAAGCAGGAGGGUUAUGAGGAGUUCCUUCGGGAAAAGCUCAUGGUUGAUGAGAUCGUCCGGAAGAUAUAUGAGGAGGAUCAGAGAGAGAUAGAGCUGCGGCUGGAAAAACAACGGGCAACACAGCAUUACAUCCAGGAGUUCCGCGAAAAACGAGAAGAAUGGAAAAAAAUGGAGCAGGAUAGAAUGGAAGAGGAAAAUCGAAAGCUCAUGGAGUUUGCACAUCUUCAGGAAAGACGUAGGGAGGACCAUAUGGCCCAAAUACGGGAGAGAGAGGCUCUCAAGGAUGUGCUGCAUCAGCAGCUUGCAGAGAGAAUUGUGACUGAGAAACAGGAGCGUGAAGAGCUCGAACAAAUACGGGAGGAGCUCCUCCUCGAAGAGCAAGAGGAGGCUGCACGUCAGAAGGAAAUUGCCGAAUUGGAGAAAAAGAUAAGACAACGUUUGGAGUGGCAGCACACAUAUCAGGAGGCUUUGGCGCUAAAGCAGCUACAUCUGCAAGCACAGCAUGAAGAGGAGGAACACUUCAGGCAGCAGAUGCUGGUGAAGUUUGCUGAAGAUGAUCGUAUUGAGCAGAUGAAUGUUCAAAAGAAGCGCAUGAAACAACUUGAGCACCGCCGUGCUGUACAAAACCUGAUUGAAGAGAGACGAAAACUUUCUCAGGCUGAGCAGGAACGUGAGCUGAAGGCUCAGAAAGAGGCUGAUCAGGUUGAGAUGAUGCGUCGAGCCAUCAUUGAAGAGGAGAGACAAAAACUGCUUAAGGAACAUGCAGCUAAACUUCUUGGAUUUUUACCCAAGGGUGUAUUUAAAGAUGACAAAGAUCUGGAAUUAUUCGAUGAGAAGUUCAAACAAACAUACCGCAAGCAAGAGGAAAAUCAAGUUUCAGAUGACAGCUUUCAUUUCUAAAAGCUAUAGAACACAAUGGCAAACUUAAAGCUCUCAUUCAAUAUAUCAGUAAUAAUCAGAAAAUUCACAUACAGUAUACAAUGUUAAGAAUUCUGCAAUGUUUGAUUGUUUUAGGUAACCGUUAUAUUUUCAUGUUAUUCUUUCGAAAUGUGUAAUUUUAAUAUUCGUAUUUGUAUCUUAAAUGGUGUGCUUUUUUUGUUCAUAAUUAUCUGUGAUAAAGCCGUUAAGGUUAUUUUAUGAAUUCAAACUUAAAAGAUUAAAACAAAUUGAGAGUAGAUAAAAUUAGCAUGUGUAUGUAUGCCUAACAUGAGAGAACCCUCUGGUUGAUUCUAGAUUUGAAGCUUUCGUGACUGCAAGGAUUCAUACUCUUAGGUUUUUUCGGUAAAGUCACGUAGGUAAAAAUAAAUAAUAAUAGAAAUAAUAAUAAUAUAAAUAAAAUAAUAAAUCACGACGUUUC